CCCCGGGUCCGAAGAAGCCGAAAGCGGCUCCCAGGAGUUGAAGCACCCGCGUGGCUUGGGACCGAUCAGAGUUCUGCGGGGUCCGGGAUGUGCAGGCGAGGCGGCUGAAGACUCAUCUUUGCAGGCCCUCUGCCCUGGUCCGUGGCCUCGGGUCUCCAGCUGUCAGUUCCGAACCCUUCUCGACUGUAGCGCGCAGGCCGGCCGAGGAGGCACGGAGCCAUGGCGGAGCCGCAGGCGGGCCUGGCGUCCGGGGACUGGGAGGUCGACGUGGAGAGCCUGGAGCUGGAGGAGGCCGGCCGCGGGACGCCACCGCCGGCCGCCGGGGACGGCGAGGAGGAGGAAGACGAGGAGGAGGAGGACGACGACGAUGGCGACGCGGAGGAGGAAGGCGAUGGCGAGGCUGCGGGCGCGGGCCCCGGGGCGCCGCGCGGGCCGGAGCCGGCGGGGACUGGGCCCAGGCCACUGUCCGCGCCGCAGGCUCCGCGCACCCCGGCUGGAGCCUCGGAGCGCUGCGCCCCCGCAGAGCCGCGCAAGCUGAGCCGCACGCCCAAGUGCGCGCGCUGCCGCAACCACGGCGUCGUGUCCUGUCUCAAGGGCCACAAGCGCUUCUGCCGCUGGCGCGACUGCCAGUGCGCCAACUGCUUGCUGGUGGUGGAGCGGCAGCGCGUCAUGGCCGCCCAGGUGGCGCUCCGGAGGCAGCAGGCCACCGAGGACAAGAAGGGACUCUCCGGGAAGCAGAAUAACUUUGAGCGCAAGGCCGUGUACCAGAGGCAAGUCAGGACACCCAGUUUGCUGGCCAAAAGCAUUCUAGAAGGCUACCGCCCCAUCCCAGCGGAGACCUACCUGGGAGGGACUUCCCCGCUGCCUCCCCCGGCGAGUGACAGGAUGAGGAAACGCCGGGCCUUUGCCGAUAAGGAGCUGGAGAACAUUAUGCUGGAGAGAGAGUACAAGGAGAGAGAGAUGCUGGAAGCCUCCCAAGCCUCCGCCUUGUUCCUGCCCAGCCGCCUGGUGCACAGAGCCGAGUACAAUGCUUACAAGAGUGGCUACAGCCCCACGCCCGGCGAGCCCCCCGGCAAGGACUUCUGCAACUUCUUGCCAGCCUGCCUCGACUUCACCAUGCAGUAUUCCGGGUCUGGGAACGUGGAGCUCAUUUCUUCCAACAUCAGCGUGGCCGCCACUUAUAGACAGUACCCCAUGUCCUCUCGGUUCUUAGUUUGGCCCAAGUAUGGCCCCAUCAGUGACGGCCUCCUCUACCAGCAGUGCCUGCUGGACGCCGCCACCACCACGGUGCAACCCUUGAGACCUGGCUGGGAUGCCAAGGGAGCUCGCCUGGCCCAGGCCCUCAGCCCAGAGCCCCAAAGGGAAGGCCCUCUGGGGCCACCCCCCACGCCCGAGCUCCUGCCGCGCCACCAGGCGGCCGCUCCCGAGGGCUCUGCCUUCUCCCCGCCCCGCCGGAAUUUCUCCCCCAGGGAAGAGGCGGACUUGCUGGCCUCGUCAUCCUCGGGCCAGGCCUUCUCGAAGCUCAGCCAAGAGAGCAGCAGACAGGCUGGGCCCCUCAAAGCCCCCUCUUCUUUCCACUCCUUGUUCCAGCAAACGCUGAGCGAGGCACCACCGGGGCCCGAGCUGAACGCAGCCUUGGUCAAGGAGGUCUUUGACGAGGUCCCCAGCAAACACCGCGAGCCCCCUGGCCAGGGGGACCCGAAGUACAUGUUUACAAUCGACAGGUGCACCUCAGACCUUUGCCUGGCCAACCAAGUUGGAACGAAGCUGUCGGGGAGUGAGCCGCUGCCCUUCUCUGUAGAGUCCAUUCUCAAGAGACCCUCGUCGGCCAUCGCGCGUGUCUCUCACUGAGGGGCCCGGUGGGGGGUGCUGCCCUCUCCGGGGUGCUGACCAGCCACGCCGUCAUUGGCUUUUUCUCUUUUUUUUAAGCCAAGCUGUUUGUAUAAAGAAAUGUCUAAUGUAAAUGCCGAUGAUUUAAGGAAGAAAAUUCUAUCUAUUCAUCCUCAUGGACUAUUUGGCUCCUCCCCUAAAUCUAUUUAAGCCUGAAGGUGGGGAACUGUGGAAGGCAGAAAAAUAAUAAAGAAAUUUAUUUUUCCCCAAAGAGCAAUAAAGCUGGCACUGCCGCCUCCAGGACCGGCUAUG